GCGUAGCUGCGCGACUAGCACCCGGAAACAAUUGCCACCGCCAUCUUUUGGUGCGGAAGGUGACGGGAAAGAGGCCGCAGACCUGAACUUCCAACCGUAUGUAGGCGAGAAGCCGGUGCCGAUACUCCCACUAUCCCACAAUGUCCCACCAGGCCCCAGAGUGGAAGAGGGCGGAGGCUAAUCCAAGAGACCUUGGGGCCAGCCGGGAUGCCAGGGGCAGCAGAGGCAGUGGCUGGAGUGGCCUCUUCGGCCAUCAGGGACCGAGAGCAGCAGGCUCCCGUGAACCACCACUCUGCUUUAAAAUAAAGAACAAUAUGGUUGGUGCGGUCAUUGGUUACAGUGGAUCAAAAAUACAAGAUCUACAACAUUCGACAAACACCAAAAUACAGAUCAUAAAGGGGGAAUCUGAAGCAAAAGUCAGAAUUUUUGGCAAUAGGGAAAUGAAGGCAAAGGCCAAAGCGGCUAUAGAAGCACUUACUAGAAAACAAGAAAGCUACAACUCAGAAUCCAGUGUGGAUAAUGCUGCAUCCCAAUCCCCUAUUGGAAGAAAUCUAGGCAGAAAUGACAUUGAUGGAGAAGCUCAGCCAUUGUCCAAUUGGGAUCGCAUUGGGGCAGCAGUCGUGGAGUGCGAAAAGAGAAAAUGGGCAGAUCUACCACCAGUUAAGAAAAACUUUUACAUAGAAUCCAAAGCAACAAGCUGCAUGUCUGAAAUGCAGGUGAUUAACUGGAGAAAGGAAAAUUUCAACAUCAUGUGUGAUGACUUGAAAAGUGGUGAAAAGCGUCUCAUCCCAAAACCAACUUGUAGGUUUAAAGACGCUUUUCAGCAAUACCCUGAUCUUCUGAAAAGCAUAACAAGGGUAGGGAUUGUAAAGCCAACACCAAUUCAGUCACAGGCAUGGCCAAUUAUUCUACAAGGAAUAGAUCUUAUAGAAGUUGCACAAACCGGAACAGGGAAAACAUUGUCCUAUUUAAUGCCUGGGUUUAUUCAUCUUGAUUCUCAACCAAUAUCUAGAGAGCAAAGGAAUGGGCCUGGGAUGCUAGUCCUUACACCCACUAGAGAGUUGGCUCUUCAGGUGGAAGCUCAAUGUUCAAAGUAUUCAUAUAAAGGUCUCAAAAGCAUUUGCAUAUAUGGUGGUAGAAACAGAAUUGGACAAAUAGAAGACAUUAGCAAAGGUGUAGAUAUCAUUAUUGCAACUCCUGGGAGGCUGAAUGACCUACAAAUGAAUAACUCUGUCAACCUAAGAAGCAUAACCUACUUGGUUAUAGAUGAGGCAGAUAAAAUGCUGGAUAUGGAAUUUGAACCCCAGAUAAUGAAGAUUUUAUUAGAUGUGCGCCCAGACCGACAGACUGUUAUGACAAGUGCAACUUGGCCAGAUACUGUACGUCAACUAGCACUUUCUUAUUUGAAAGAUCCUAUGAUUGUUUAUGUUGGUAAUCUGAAUCUAGUUGCUGUAAAUACAGUGAAGCAAAAUAUAAUUGUUACCACAGAAAAAGAAAAACGAGCUCUCACCCAAGAGUUCGUAGAGAACAUGUCACCCAACGACAAAGUCAUCAUGUUUGUCAGCCAAAAACAUACUGCUGAUGACUUGUCAAGCGACUUCAAUAUCCAAGGCAUAUCUGUAGAAUCAUUACAUGGCAACACUGAACACAGUGAUCAAGAGCGAGCAUUAGAGGACUUUAAAAGUGGAAACAUAAAGAUACUGAUUACAACUGAUUUCGUACCCCGAGGUCUUGAUCUUAAUGAUGUCACACAUGUAUAUAAUUACGAUUUCCCAAGGAAUAUUGAAGUAUAUGUACACAGAGUAGGGUACAUUGGACGGGCAGGAAAGACUGGCACAUCAGUUACCCUCAUCACUCAGAGAGAUUCGAAAAUGGCCGGUGAAUUGAUUAAAAUUCUGGACAGAGCAAAUCAGAGUGUUCCGGAAGAUCUUGUAGUAAUAGCUGAGCAAUACAAGUUAAAUCAACAAAAGAGGGACACAGAAACACGAUCAAGAAAACCUGGACAAAGACGCAAGGAGUUUUAUUUUUAAGUUGAAAAGUUGUACCAGGCUACUGGAAGAUUCCAGGCAUGUUAAAGAUAUGCAGUAUUGAAUAUAUGUAAGGAAGUAUUGGAAACAUACUAGCCAUUUAAAGACAUAACUAAUUCUUAAAUAAUACUGCUAAACUUUCAAUAUUGUGUAUGUUCCUUAAUAUUAAAAAAAGUCUCAAAAAAUGAGAGAGUGAGAGACUAUGUGAAGAGAAAGUAAACGUUAUGUGUUGGUUAAAGUUUAAUUUCUCUUAAUAAUACUUUUAUUUUAGGUUUGGGGGUAUAUGUGAAGGUUUGUUAAAGAAACACGUGUCAUGGGGGUUUAUCAACUUUCAAUAUUGUGUAUGUUCCUUAAUUUUAAAAAAGUCUCAAAAAUUAGAGAGUGAGAGACUAUGUGAAGAGAAAGUAAAUGUUAUGUGUUGGUUAGAGUUUAAUUUCUCUUAAAAAUACUUUUAUUUUAGGUUUGGGGGUAUAUGUGAAGGUUUGUUAAAGAAACACGUGUCAUGGGGGUUUAUCAACUUUCAAUAUUGUGUAUGUUCCUUAAUUUUAAAAAAAAGUCUCAAAAAUGAGAGAGUGAGAGACUAUGUGAAGAGAAAGUAAAUGUUUUGUGUUGGUUAGAGUUUAAUUUCUCUUAAAAAUACUUUUAUUUUAGGUUUGGGGGUAUAUGUGAAGGUUUGUUAAAGAAACACGUGUCAUGGGGGUUUAUCAACUUUCAAUAUUGUGUAUGUUCCUUAAUUUUAAAAAAAAGUCUCAAAAAUGAGAGAGUGAGAGACUAUGUGAAGAGAAAGUAAAUGUUAUGUGUUGGUUAGAGUUUAAUUUCUCUUAAAAAUACUUUUAUUUUAGGUUUGGGGGUAUAUGUGAAGGUUUGUUAAAGAAACACGUGUCAUGGGGGUUUAUCAACUUUCAAUAUUGUGUAUGUUCCUUAAUUUUAAAAAAAAGUCUCAAAAAUGAGAGAGUGAGAGACUAUGUGAAGAGAAAGUAAAUGUUAUGUGUUGGUUAAAGUUUAAUUUCUCUUAAAAAUCCUUUUAUUUUAGGUUUGGGGGUAUAUGUGAAGGUUUGUUAAACACGUGUCAUGGGGGUUUAUCAACUUUCAAUAUUGUGUAUGUUCCUUAAUUUUAAGAAAAAGUCUCAAAAAUGAGAGAGUGAGAGACUAUGUGAAGAGAAAGUAAAUGUUAUGUGUUGGUUAAAGUUUAAUUUCUCUUAAAAAUCCUUUUAUUUUAGGUUUGGGGGUAUAUGUGAAGGUUUGUUAAAGAAACACGUGUCAUGGGGGUUUAUCAACUUUCAAUAUUGUGUAUGUUCCUUAAUUUUAAAAAAAGUCUCAAAAAUGAGAGAGUGAGAGACUAUGUGAAGAGAAAGUAAAUGUUAUGUGUUGGUUAAAGUUUAAUUUCUCUUAAAAAUACUUUUAUUUUAGGUUUGGGGGUAUAUGUGAAGGUUUGUUAAAGAAACACGUGUCAUGGGGGUUUACUGUACAUAUUAUUUCGUCACCCAGGUAUUAAGCCCAGUGCCCAAUAAUUAUCUUUUCUGCUCUUCUCCCUCCUUCCACCCUCCCCCAUCAGCUAGACCCCGGUGUCUGCUGUUUCCUUCUUUGCGUUCAUAAGUUCUCAUCAUUUACUUCCCACUUAUAAGUGAGAACGUGGUAUUUGAGUUUCUGUUCUUGUGUUAAUUUUAUAGUCUGCCAUGUCCAUUUGUCUUCUCUAAAACACUUGGUAGAAGACAACAAUGGUGCUUUUCUGGCUUUAAAAUUGUUGUACUAAAUUGAAGCAUAGCUUCAAGCUUAUCCAGUCAAAAUAUUCUCUUUUCCCCCCAGCAGUUGGUGCCACAACAGUUCUUAAAGUUAUUUCCACUAUCAUUCUCUACUUGUUUUAAUUCAUUAGAAAAUAAGUGCUAAAUUUUUUAGAAGAUUCCACAAUUCUAUUUUUAUCAGAAUGAUGUCACCAACAGAGCAGGAUGUCUGACUCACUGGGAAUCAGGUCCUUGUAUGCAUUUUGUCACUAUCCCUUGGUUAAAACUCUGAGGAAAUCACUUGCCUUCUCUAGGCCUCAAUUUCUCUACUCAUAAAAUGGGACAGUUUUAUUAAUUUAGAGGUCUCUUUUACCUCUAAAAUUCGGUGAUAUUAUAACUAAAACUGUAUACCCCAGCCUUGUAUUAACACUUUUUUGUCUAAUCUAGGAGAAAUUGCAUCCUUAUAUAAUUGAAUAAAACAAUCCUUUUC